AUGAUCCUGUCCGGUGCCUCUACUGUCUUCAUUUCCUACGCCUCCGCCUGGUGCGUGCGCGUUACCUCGUCCACCACCUACUCCAUGGUCGGCGCUCUGAACAAGCUCCCUAUUGCUCUGUCUGGUCUCAUUUUCUUCGACGCCCCAUGCACUUUCCCCAGUGUCUCCGCCAUCUGGCACAUUGUAUGUGGGCCUCAUCCGCACCACAAUGGACGGUACCUUCGUAAAUUUGACACAUUUGAUGCCUCAUCAAGUGAGGUUAUACUUUGCGGGCUACAGAUGCAGUUACAAAAGCCCUCCAAACGUAAUGGUUAUACCACCUUGCAUUCUCCCCUGGACUCCCAAGUUAUAAAUCCCCAGCAUCACUCUGAAUUUCCGAUUGCAGAUAACAGGACGGUGCAACGACAUCCAUCUCCUCGAUUUUGGACGGACGAUAUGAACUUGGACCAAUCCUCGAGCACCUCGGUGUCGUCGGAUCUUAUUUUGAGUCAAAAUACACGUUUUUCGAAACACCAAAACACUUUUCAAUCGUUGAAUAACUGGACAGCCAUCCAGGAAAUGCUUGAUCUCAUCUCUCCGCCGCAACAUAUACCCCCUGAACCCUGGCUCCUCUACCAUAUAGGAUGUGUUAAAUUGCACGCUGAUAUCAGUGCUCUACAAACAAUAUCCUGUUGUGUUGGGGAGCCUAGGAGCAAAGCGGAAACGCAAGCUGCCAAAAGGAUAGUAUUAUCGUGGGCAUCCGAUCUUGCCACAAAGGUCGCAUUACAUCAUGCAUACCAAAUUUGGCACUUGGUAGAAGGCAAUGUGCAACAAAAUGAGAUCAAUGACGCGUCCAAAUCGAAUCAAGAUCGUCAUGUCCUAUUUAGAAUAUCUCUUUAUUAUGCGUCGAUCAUCAUGCGUGCUAUAAUCACUCUUUGUCCUGAGAUAGAGGUUGAGAUAUGGCAACCGGAGAACCAAGGAGUAGGGUUAUAUCUCCCAAGCGGCGAUAUUCACGCAGUGCUCAAAGAUAUCGGUGCGAUAGCCCCGAAGAUCAGUCUCGUCUGGGAACCCGUCUCCGCUCUCAUUUUCGGAACAAAGAUUUUGUCGCUAAGCCCAAUACCAAUGCCCUUGGUUCCCGAUCCUGUUGUUGAUACAUGUCAAAAGCCAAACAGACUGGGUUCAGGUUGGACUGGUAACUUGGGUGAUAGGUGGGACGGACUCGAUGUCGAUAAAUUUUCGAUUCCUUAG